GUCAGACUUCAACAAAACUACAGUCCAACAUGUCACUUACGCGUUUGGUCUUUUUCGGAGCAUGCCUCGGGUUUGCAUUGGUUACGGCGACGCCCAUUAUGAUGAAGAACGUAAACAGUGACCAGGCCGUCAAUUUCAAAGCUGGUCAGCCACUUACUGAGGAAGAAUUCAAUAGUGACUUUUCUAACUCAAUGAGAGACCUCAACGACGUAAUGUUUCCCUGGAGCAAACAGGAUCCUAACCUUAUGGAAGGUGACAUUAAGCAGCAGGGAGAAAAAGUUGCUAUAUUGGGCUCUAGUUAUCGUUGGCCGAAGGCGGUCAUCCCCUAUGUCAUCUCGGACGCAUACAACGCGACUCAGCGUCAAGUCAUCGCAUAUGCCAUGAGUGCCUAUCACAACAAUACGUGCAUUCGUUUCGUUCCGCGAACCUGUGAAGCCAACUACAUCAGGAUCUAUAAAAGUGGAGGAGGUUGCUGGAGCUAUGUAGGCAUGCUCAACGAAGGCGUUCAGGAUGUAAGCCUGGAUGAUGGAUGUAUAUUGACAACGAGACCAGGAACCGCCAUGCACGAGCUUAUGCACACCGCUGGUUUCUACCAUGAACACACGCGUCCGGAUCGCGAUACAUACGUCUUCAUUAAUCUAACCAACGUUAAACUGGAAUACAGAAACAAUUACAUCGGCCUGACAACGCAACAGGCCACAACUUUAGGACUUGAUUACGAUUACGGAUCUGUGAUGCAUUAUCCAAGGGGGGCCUUUGCCAUUAACACUAGCAUUCCCGUCAUCACGCCGCUUAUUGGAACACCCACUUUAGGACAACGAGUUGCAUUUAGUUCGUUGGACCUUCAAAAACUAAAUGCAUUGUACUGCACAACCACAUCUGGUUGAACAGCUUCUGGUUGAACAGCUUCUGGGUCCAGAGAAUUUACAACUGACUUCACUCUUUCUCCUGCAACCUUUCAAUAAGCUAAAUAGCUUGGCAGCACAUUUUACCUAACGGUUACAAUUAUUUUUGCAUGUCUUUACUUG